AUGUCUUACCACCAGCAGCAGUGCAAGCAGCCCUGCCAGCCUCCUCCUGUGUGCCCACCUCCCAAGUGCCCAGAGCCUUGUCCACUUCCCAAGUGCCCAGAGCCUUGUCCACUUCCCAAGUGCCCAGAGCCUUGUCCUCCAAUGUACCCAGAGCCUUGUCCACCCCCACAGUGUCCGGAGCCGUGUCCACCUCAGCUGUGCCAGCAGAAAUGCCCUCCUGUACAACCUCCUCCCCCCUGCCUGCAGAAGUGCCCACCCAAGAGCCAGUGA